GUGUUAAAGGCCAGAGGAUAACGAUCGUUUUCCAAUGAAGUCGUCCGCGAGCGUAUUAACGUUUCGUCUUUUUUUCUCGUUUGACUUCGUACAUCGUCGACAAAAUGACAGGAAUUCCCUCGGGGCUGAAAAUAUGCGAUGCAAUCUAAAUCCACGAUCACCGUCAGUCACGAGAACGAGGAAAAUGAAUCGAUGGAAGAGUCUGUUUUCGAGCAGAUAUGCGACACAAUAUUCGUUCUGAUACCAGAAGUGCCGCGACUGAAGCAGCUGUUCCUAAGUUGGAGCCAACUAGGCACCGAAGACAGAGUACAAUUAGACGCGAAAGUGGCCAACUGGUGCUGUCCUAACAGGCGACAGCUAUACAAACCUUUGCAAGAGGCGUUGAUUCGCUGGGAAACUGUGCAGGACACUCAAGGCGCUCCCGGUUGCGAGCCAGGUAUGGUCUCGUUUUCCUGUGAUCCUCAGCUGGAGGAGGAGUUGGUCAGCGUUAUUUACAGCCUGGAACUUUUGUUCAGCAAAAAUCGACGAAGCAGAGAGAUCGAUAUGGACUACGAAAUUGGUCGAUGCACAGAAUUAAGAAGAGAGAUGUCCUUGAAUCUAAACUGCGAUGGAAAUCUAUGCUCGAUUCUCAGUGCAAAAGACAGGACACCUCACUCUGUGCAUAGUUGCAGCUACAUAGCCGAUUUUAAACGACCUGACGAAGAACUGAGCGGUUAUCUGACCAAUUAAGGAUCGAUCGUUAUAUUUCAGCUCAUUUUCAUCUCUGACGUUCUGUCCGAAUUUAUCGAAAAUUCUCUAAAUGUAGAAAAACUGAUCCUUUCUUUUGCGGGCAACUUGUAUUUGAUUAUCCUGGAUGGAUUUCUUCAAUAGGACAGACAAAGUAGUAUAAAGUAUAACGUAAGUGCUAACAAAUAUAAAAAAGUAUAGUUAACUAGAGUAGUUUGAAGAAAGGGUUAGGUUUCUUUGCGAUAAAGAAUUAUUUUUCAAGGCAUAGCCAAUGAAAUUUCACGAUGAAAUUAUAAAUACACUGGGAAAAACUAGUUAAUAAGAAAUCAUUCGAACGACGACAAUUUUAUCGAAAAUACCAGAGAUAAUAUUUUAUCAGACGAGUACUAUAGUUCUGUUGAUUAAAAAUACAAUAUAUAAAACAAACUGCUAAUUUAUCUGGCUUACUGUAACAAAAGCGAUAGAUACUUGUCAAGGU